UUUUAGGCAGUGGCAGGUUCACCAGAAAGCAGCAAGCUAGCAAACAGAGCGGUUUUCAAGAAAAUUAGAGAUAAGUUUGUGACUUCUGGAGUGAAAAAUUUGUAAUUAUUAUUAGCAGAAGUGUGAUGGUGCUUUAUUUUUAUUCGUGAUUGCUUUUGACUACGUCGGAUAUUACGGACAAAAAAAUUGACGACAACAGAAACAAUGAAUGGUCGCGGUGCACUGUAGGGUGGUCCUAAUUAAAUUCAGUGCAAAACAAUUGGAGCACGACCACCAGGGAGAUAGCAUUCGAAUGGGUUUCCCCGAUACUUUCUCGAAUGUGUUUCUUUUACGAUAUGAAAAAGGAGUAUAUCAGAAGCGGAUACAACUGCUAGGUCUGGAAUGAUCAAGUGAAGAGAAUUAAUUUUGCAUUUGUUCGUGGUACAUCGCGAUACUAAAUUGUUUUAGUGGCGUAAAAGUAGUUUUAAUUUAUCAGAACUGUCCAGCGGACUAGUUUUCAUCUUCCAAGAAGGAUUAGGCAGUUAUCGGAGCGUAGCGAGUGGUGGCAUCAAUUCACAACUCAAUUUCGAUUACUAAGCAAAACUUGCAGCUUGAAGUCAGUGAGAGAGAGUGCUCAAGCAACAACGCUAAGAAAGAAACGCGAAAAAAAAAAUCAUUCGAAACUGGAGAGGCACCAGCAGUGUUAAAAGUGAUUGUAGAGGACACAGGAGGAAGUAUCAAGGGAAACAGCACCAAGGCAGUCUAGCCAAACAUGAAAGCCAUCGAGGCGAAAAUCGUCGUUUUGGGUUCUCAAGGUGUCGGAAAGACGAGCCUGGUUGUGAGGUAUGUUUCAAGCGUGUAUACAAAAGAAAUUUCACCGACGAUAGGUGCGUCAUUUUUCACAUGCAAAGUUAAUCUAGAAGAUUUCAAAGUCAAAAUGCAGGUUUGGGAUACCGCCGGGCAGGAACGGUUCAAAGCCAUGGCACCACUGUACUAUAGGAAUGCAAAUGCCGCGUUGUUGGUGUUUGAUCUAACGCAGUAUAAUUCGUUUGUCGAAAUCAAAUCGUGGGUUCAGGAACUCCAACGGAAUGUACAGGAACCGAUGGUGCUCUCGCUGGUGGGGAAUAAGCUCGACCUGGAAGAGCGACGAGCAGUUUCCAGGGAAGAAGCUGCACUAUACGCCACCUCGAUCGGUGGCAACUAUUUCGAAACUUCUGCGCUACAAGAUCAGGGAAUCGAGCAAGUAUUUAUAUCAAUAGCUGUUGGAUUAAUCAAACUCUCUGGAGAACAGAUUUGUCCCUCGUUGAAACGGUACGAAUCGUCUGACUCGUUAGUGCUCUCAGGAUAUGCCAGUGGGAUGAAUGGCGUCGUUCAGAUGGGAAUCCCAGUGGAAUGCGAUAACGUGUUGACCGAUGGCACUGGACGUUUGGAGACACCCUCGUGGAGUAGGGAUCACAUAGCACACGCAGAUGAACAACGCGCUGGUUGGUGUUGUCACUGAACUCGGUUCCGGUAGCAACCGAUAGAAUAGCUUGACAAAGAGACAAAAAGAUGACAGGAAAUUAGAUUUUCACUUGUGAUAAACUCAGCUAUCUCCUGGACACAUACAUUAGUUAUUAUCGAGAAACCCAUCCUUUAUCCUGUAAGAUCGCAUAGUUUUUGUACAUAACAGAAACCAAGUCUGCAUGUAAGAAAAGUAAUAUAGCGUACUAGGAGUAUUGGCUUAAAGUAUUGGACGAAUGAUGAGUUUUGUCGAUUUUUUUUGAUAACUGCAGAUAACUGAAGCUUCGUUUGCUGUAUUUCUUUAUAUUUAAAAGCCAGUCUAUGACGAAACUGAUCUCCCUCAAAAACAAGCAAGAGCAUGUUCUUUUACCUGAAUCGAUUUUGUAGAACAAUUGCAAGUCAACUCAUAUCACAGCUUUGAGUAACUACUCAUUCAUAUAUUUAUAUAUUCAUAUAUUGUUAUGAGGGUCAAUUACGAGUCAUAGCUAGCGAUUUGUUAUUAAGUUACUUUGGACGCUUAUAAUAAAAUAUUUCGAAAUAUUUUAAUAA